UUUGUCAUUAAAGUAAAAAAAUCGAAGACAUUUUAGAAGAAUUAUUAACAAUAAAAAAUGAGUAUUGUUUUGUAUAUGAUACUUUUUGCAGCUUUUUCACUAACUGCAAAUGCGUGGAGUCAUGUUAAAGAAAAUCAUAUAAGUGAACGCAAUACUUCUGGCGAUAUUGUUCGUUUAAAAAACUAUGCAGCUCCAAAUGGUUGUCUAAAACUGAAAAUACAAUCCGAAAACAAGGUCAAAAUUAGACUUAAUGCUAAACGCAAACCGAAUUACAAUGUAAUGCAUUUUACAAUAAUUCUACAAAAUUCAUUUUCAAGAAUUGAAAAUAGCAAACAUCUUAAUGGAAUGGCAACCGCACUUACACCGAAUAUCUUAAAUGGAAGUGAGUCGAAUGGAUUUUGGAUUCGCUGGAAAAAUAAUUUCAUCAGAAUCGGACGGGAUGGUGAUGAGGUACCAUUUUUGUCUUGGGAGGAUAAAUUUGAUAUGCCACCAAUUGAUAUUGUUAAUGGAAAUGUUAACGUUAUAAAUGGGACAUGGUCCAUAGAAACAGGUCAAUGCACAACUCCAGGAAUGAUAUUUUCACCUUCGCUUUUUGUCGGAAAGACUCCUGUUUGGAGAACCGUUUCUGAGGAACCUUCUUCUGUUAUCAAAGAAGUUAAAACCAAUCCAAAGCGAAAAUAUUGGUUCAAACUGGGUCUUCGGAACUGUUUUACAUUUAACGUUAGUGCUAAACAAUCAGUCAAUCUUGGAAUGGCUGCAAGACGGGGAAGAAGGAACAUCCUUUAUGAAAUUGAAAUUGGCUACUCGAAAGGUGUUGACGCAAAAUUGGUUGACAAAAAUAACAACACCUUAUCCGAUAUACGAAUCCGCGAUAUCCUUAAUGCUACAGAAUCGCGUGGCUUUUGGAUAUAUCGAAGUGAAAAUAUUAUUAAAAUCGGACGUUCAACGGAAACAGAUGCUUUUCUGGCAUUGGAAGGUGAAGAUUUGUUUGGAAUUAAGAAUAUUGGUAUUGGAACUCCACUUGGUAAUGGAGAAUGGUUAAUUGAUGAAGGUAUUUGUAAGAUUCCAACAGUUUGCUCCAAACUACCCAUUAGAACUGGAUUGUGCUGUUGGGUACCAGCCGAUGAUAAUAUCAUUUCAAAUACAAACUCUGAGAACUAUUGGAGUAAUUUGCAUGUUGUUAAAAGUGCCUUCUAUGAAGAUAUAUUUAAACCCGGUAUACUUCAGCCUGUCGAAGGAUCAAAAAUUAGUCCUUCCGAUAGCAGUUUAUAUGACGCUUUUAGUCCUUGUGAUGGGCAAUGGGUGGAAGUAUCAAAAUCAAAAUUCUUUCCACCAAAUGUAUUUCCAAUCGGAGUAAAUGAAAAUGGAGAACAACUUUUUGUUGGGCGGACAAUGAAUAAUAAUGGAACAUAUAUCGUUGGCAAAGUGCAGAAGAUGGAAAAAUUGUAUGUUUUGAAAAAACAUGAUAAAGAGUUAUACCUAAGUGAUAUCGAAGUUUUUCAGCUAAGGAAGAAUUUGAGAUCUGAAUGCAUACAAACAGUUGAAAAUCCAUUUUUUAAAUGUAUUUCGUGUCCUCGAGGAACAAUACCAAAUGGAAACAAAUGUGACGACAUAAACGAAUGCGAACACAAUCAACCAUGCUUUUCAAAAGAGAGUUGUAUCAAUCUUAAUCCAGGUUUUAAAUGUAAACCCUGUCCAGCAGGUCUCGAUGGAAAUCAUGCUAAAGGAUACAAAUCCACUUUCCUAUCGCCGGACUAUCAACCACAAACUUGUGAUAUAGACAUAGAUGAGUGUAAACUUGGGCUGGCACACUGUAAACCAAAUUCAGAAUGCAUUAAUACAAUAGGAUCGUACAAUUGUAAAAAAUGUGAAAAAGGUUUCAUAAAGAACGGAACAUGCUCUCCUCUGUCCGAAGACAUGUGUCCUGAUGGCACCAUCUGUCACAAAAAUGCCAUAUGUAUGGCAAUUGAUAAUUUUAACUUUGGAUGCCAAUGUUUUGUUGGUUGGGCAGGUGAUGGAUUUGACUGUGGUCCUGAUAGCGAUAUUGACGGAUGGCCAAAUUCAAAAUUGAAUUGCUCUGGUAUGCGAUGCAUGAAUGACAACUGUCCGAAUACUCCGAAUGCUGGCCAAGAAGAUGCAGAUAAUGAUGGUAUUGGAGAUUCCUGUGACGAUGAUGCAGAUGGAGAUUCUAUUUCAAAUCCAAGUGAUAACUGUCCGUUCGUAAAAAAUUACGAUCAAACUGAUACUGAUUCGGAUGGUCGUGGUGAUGCUUGUGACAAUUGUCGUUUAAUUCCAAAUCAACAACAAAUUGAUACUGAUGGUGAUGGAAUUGGGGACGAUUGUGAUGAUGAUAUUGACGGGGAUGGGAUUAUCAAUAAUGUUGACAUCUGUCAAAGAAUUUCAAAUCGAAUUCAAUCCGAUCUUGAUAAUGAUGGAGUUGGCGAUGAAUGUGACAAUUGUCCUUCUAUACAUAAUCCGAAUCAAGCUGAUAGCGAUGAUGAUUUGGUGGGAGAUGAAUGUGAUACUGACAUUGAUGAUGAUCGUGAUGGAGUUCAGGAUGACCUCGAUAAUUGUCAAAAUAUUGGAAAUCCCGAUCAAUUGGAUACUGAUGGAGAUGGAAGGGGAGAUGCAUGUGAUUCUGAUAUUGACAACGAUGAUAUCCUGAAUUAUAAGGACAAUUGUCCAUUAGUUUUCAAUCCAAAUCAAACGGAUAUUGAUGUCAGUGGAAAAGGAGAUAUUUGCGAAAACGAUGAGGACUUGGAUAGAAUACCAAAUUAUCUUGACAAUUGUCCUAUUAAUUUCAAAUUACAUACAACCGACUUUCGAGCAUAUCAAACCGUAGUUUUUGGUACAACCAGUAUUUCAGAUGGCCUGCCUGUUUGGGAACCUAUCGCAAAUGGUACAGAAAUUAUUCAAAAACUUAACAGUGAUCCUGGCGCAGCAAUAGGGUAUCCAGCUUUUGGAGAUGUCGAUUAUCGAGGAACAUUUUACAUUCGCACUUCUGAUAAUUUGGUUGAUGAUGAUUUUGUAGGCUUCGUUUUUAGUUACCAAAGUAAUAAGAAAUUUUAUGUCGUUACUUGGAAACGAAACGAGCAAGCAUUUUGGGAAAGUGAACCAUUUAUUGCGGUUGGUGAGCCAGGAAUAACAAUUAAAUUGGUCAAUAGUUUAACUGGUCCUGGUGAUUGGUUGCAAUCAAGUCUCUGGCAUAAUCAGGAUACUCCUGGCCAGGUUAAAGUUUUAUGGAAAAAUCCACUGAAUGAAGGAUGGAAAUUUGAUACAGCUUACAGGUGGACCUUGAUUCAUCGUCCUGCUAUUGGCCUUAUUCGAUUGGGGAUAUAUGAUGGAGAUAAGCUGGUUGCGGACUCACAAAACAUUUAUGAUUCAACACUUCAGGGAGGACGUUUGGGAGUUUAUUGUUUUUCACAAGAGCUUAUUACUUGGUCGAAUUUGGUUAUAAAUUGCAAUUCUCGAGUUCCAAUCAACGUUUUUAAUGAAUUACCUGACGACUUAAAACUAAAAGUUGAAAUUGAUACAAAAAUUGAGUAAUAUUAAAAUUAUAAAAGAGGCAUUGUACCUAAUCCUCGAAACUUAAAU